GCCGCUGCCACUGCUGCUGCUGCUGCAGCCGAAGCAUCCGGGAGCCGCCGCCGCCGCCGCUGCCGCCGCUACCGCCUCUAGCGCCGCUUCCACCUCUAGCACCGCUUCCACCUCCACUCCCAGGACCCCGAGACACCCCUAGCGCGAGCGGCGGCUGCUGCUUGCUUGCUCCCCCUCUUCCCCGCCUCUCCCUUCCGUGACCUACCCACUCCUUGCAACCCUCGUCCGCCCCUUCUCCGACACCCCGGCAUCCCUGCACCACCUGCUCGGACAGCCCCGGCGGGUGCUGGGACUUGCUGCGCGCGCGGAGAGGAAGGCAAGCUCCGAACCCGUGCCUGGCAGACGGACUGUCGCGGCUGCACCACCAUCAGGAGGAGGAGGAGAAGAAACUAUUUUGCCCACCGAAACCCCAUUCUGCGGGUGCUUCGCCGUUGCCGCUUCUGCUGCUGCUGAUCAGCGUCCGCGGGUUCGAACACCGCAGCGGCGAGGACCCUGGGUCCAGAGGGCUCCGCGAGGAAGACACCGGCGGAGCCCCGCACUCUGGUGCUCCGCUCACCAGCAUCUCUUUGCCCCCUCGUUCCAUUCCAAACCCUCCACAGAAGGGACCAUGAUUUGGAAACGCAGCGCCGUUCUCCGCUUUUACAGUGUCUGCGGGCUCCUGCUACAAGGCAGCCAAGGACAGUUUCCACUCACACAGAACGUAACAGUUGUUGAAGGUGGAACUGCAAUUUUGACCUGCAGGGUUGAUCAAAAUGAUAACACCUCCCUCCAGUGGUCAAAUCCAGCUCAACAGACUCUGUACUUUGAUGACAAGAAAGCUUUAAGGGACAAUAGGAUCGAGCUGGUUCGGGCUUCCUGGCAUGAACUGAGUAUCAGCGUCAGUGAUGUCUCUCUCUCUGAUGAAGGACAGUACACCUGUUCUUUAUUUACAAUGCCUGUCAAAACUUCCAAGGCCUAUCUCACUGUUCUGGGUGUUCCUGAGAAGCCUCAAAUUAGCGGAUUUUCAUCCCCAGUUAUGGAGGGAGACUUGAUGCAGCUGACUUGUAAAACAUCUGGUAGUAAACCUGCAGCUGAUAUAAGAUGGUUCAAAAAUGACAAAGAGAUUAAAGAUGUAAAAUAUUUAAAGGAAGAAGAUGCAAAUCACAAGACUUUCACGGUCAGCAGCACACUGGACUUCCGAGUGGACCGAAGCGACGAUGGCGUGGCGGUCAUCUGCAGAGUAGACCAUGAAUCUCUCAAUGCUACCCCUCAGGUGGCCAUGCAGGUGCUAGAAAUACACUAUACACCAUCAGUUAAGAUUAUACCAUCCACUCCUUUUCCACAAGAAGGACAGCCUUUAAUUUUGACUUGUGAAUCCAAAGGAAAACCACUGCCAGAACCUGUUUUGUGGACAAAGGAUGGCGGAGAAUUACCAGAUCCUGACCGAAUGGUUGUGAGUGGUAGGGAGCUAAACAUUCUUUUCCUCAACAAAACGGAUAAUGGUACAUAUCGAUGUGAAGCCACAAAUACCAUUGGCCAAAGCAGCGCAGAGUAUGUUCUCAUUGUACAUGAUGUUCCCAACACUUUGCUUCCCACUACUAUCAUCCCCUCCCUUACCACUGCAACAGUCACAACCACUGUAGCCAUAACAGCCAGCCAAACCACAUCUGCAACAUCCAGCAACAUACGAGAUCCCAAUGCUCUGGCUGGCCAGACUGGCCCUGAUCAUGCUCUUAUAGGAGGAAUUGUGGCUGUAGUUGUAUUUGUCACUCUGUGUUCUAUAUUUUUGCUUGGACGGUAUCUGGCAAGACAUAAAGGAACAUAUUUAACAAAUGAAGCUAAAGGAGCUGAAGAUGCACCAGAUGCUGACACAGCCAUUAUCAAUGCUGAGGGCAGCCAAGUCAAUGCUGAAGAGAAAAAAGAAUAUUUCAUUUAAGAUGCAGGCCAAGAUUCUGAAUUUUACUUACCACACUGGCUGCUGGAGAAAACUGGCUAUCAUCUUUCAGAAUUCAUUUCUAUCAUCUUCUGCUACCUUUAUUAACUUCCAUGCCGUACUGCUAUCAGUAGCCAGUGUAUACCAACAAUCAGCUGUUGAAAGCAUCAUUCUUUAAUUACUGUACCAUCCAUAAUGCAGGACAUUUCUUACUGCCUAAAUUCCACACCAUUGCUCUUUUAACAUACAGUGCUUGAAUAUACAGCCUUAACAAUGUUAAUCAUCUCCUUGGAUCAUGAUAUUGAAUUGUUUUUAUACAUUGAAAAAAAUGUAUGCAGAGGUUUUUUUCCCCUCAUUUUUUGUCCCCUUUAAAUCAAAGACCUUGUCAGUUUACCAUUGGACAGCUUUCACAUGUAACAAGAUUAGGUAAAGACCUAACGUGCUUAAGUUCAAUCAGAUGUUAGAGGUUUACGAUGUUUUCUACAUGUCUAUAUUCAAAGACAUGUUUUGGAAACAUAUGCCCUAAAAGACAAAAACUGAAAAAGACUACUGUAGUAUAGAUUCUGGAAUGUUUGAGAUUGUACUGGUAAAGCUGUAUCAAUUCACUAUUUAAAAAUUUAGUAUUUGAUACAGGAGCCAUGUAUAUGGAUUGCAAUCAGGACAUGCUAUCUUAUAUAAUUAUAUAGAUCUUACCAUUAGGUUAUUUUAGCUUCAUAUACCAAUAAAUUGUUACAAACAUUUUACUGUUUUGGGAAUCACAAAAAUUUCAUUCAUUUCUCUAAUUUGAUUCUGUAAUUUAUUUGUUCCACAAAGACUCACCUGCCUAAACAAAAUUGAAAUAUCCAUAGGGCACAAUUUUGAGACAUUUUAGUAUCUGUAUAUAGUGCAUAUAAUAAAUCCAAUUAAACAUUAUUUGAUACAUAUUUAACUUUUUUGGCUGUAGGUAAUUCAGUCAUGAGUAAGCAUUUUCUAAUGUCCAUUAUAUCUCUUUAGAUAUUACUUAAACCAAUAUUAUAAGUAGGUAACAUGUAUUAGUAUUUUUGUCUGUAUGUCCUAGCACUGUUCAACAACAAAUUUUUCUAGUUCUUGUUAAUUUUUAUUUGUUAUUCAAUGGAAGCACAAUGUUAUAAGGAAAGGUAAUUUUAAGCUAACAACCAGUGCACAGCCUCAGGUUUUAAAUUACAACCACAGUUGAAUAAUAAUCUAAAAAUAAACUCUUAGUUUGCUAAAAAUUUUCAAAUUUUAAUUUGGCAGUUCCAGAGCUGCUUACCUAUGUUGGUUUGACAAAAAGAAGUGUUUAAGAUAUGUUUUCUGUAUAAAUGAACUAAUUCUUUAUAUUAAAUUCCUGUCUAUGCAUUUUGUGAGGUACAAACUUACGAAACAGUGAGUGAUAGAGAAUUUCUGCCAUGCUUUUAACUCCAAGGUGAAAGUCUCUUUCUCUGGAUUAUUUCUGAAAUUUUGGUGUAUUUAACCAUUAAGAAAUGCUGUAUUCUUAAAUAUGACACAGAGUCGAUCUAAAGUCAUAUUAUUUCUCCUAGUAAAAUACGAUACUACUAGAUUAGUGCUCAUUAGAUUUACUAUAUGCUAAAGAUUAAAAAUCCAGUUAGAUAAAAAUUAUUUUCCCAUUGACAAGCACUGCACCUUUAAGAAGAACACACAUAUGACGAUAUGGUAGCUAUACUUGCGACGUCUGAAAGCAUGAUGGCCUCUGGUUUUAAAAAUAUUAUUUUGGAAUUUAUUUUUGUGAAAUGAGAAUGGUUGAGUAUGACAUCAUGUAUUAAUAUCAAAUGAAAGACAAGGGUGCUGUAUCUUAGAUUAUUUAUCAGAAAAGUAUAAAUCUUUUAAGGACAACGUUAGAAUUUUUAAUUUUUUUUGAUCAUUGAAGCAUAUAUCUUGUUGAUUUCUUACAAGAGAAAAAGGACGAUGUCAGUCAAGCAGCACUUUUUCAGAAUAUACAGAACAUAAAUAAUAUGAUGUGGUUGAGUGUUAACAUAAUAAAUCAUAUACAGUAUGACAUUUUAAGGAAAUAAGUCUGCAUUGAUGUGAUUGCAUGCUUGUUUUUACAGUUCAUUCCAUACCAUCUGUGGAAAAAUGCAAUAAUAUGUUAAUAUAGUAUGGUAGUUUGAGAGAAUCAGGUAGGUGCUACUAGACACAUUGAAACUAGAAUAGGUUUAUAAACUGUUCAUACCUUUCAAUGCAUAAUCUUUAGAAAGAUUCCACAAAGCAAAAUUCAUCCUGUUAUUACAAAAGGGAAAGGUUCUUAUUACAGAAGUAAGUUGUAUAAACUGCAUCAUCAAUUACUAUUUAGAGCCUAAUUUCAGGAUGCAUUUACAAAAUUGCUACUCUUCAUCGAUGUUGUAUUUACAUCCCUCUUCAUUUCAUCUGUAUUCUACUUGGCUCCAACUGCUAAACUGUUGCCUAAAUAACUCAAUCAUUAUUUAUAGCACUGCAAAAUUAGAAAUCCAAAAUUGGUUGCACUUCAAGACUUUUGACUCUUUUAACCCUUUACAGUAGUAUAAAAACUCACUGGAACUCUGUAAAUGAAACUAACUGGUAUAUUAUGAUUUGUGAGCUCUAAUCAAAUAUUUUGACAGUUAAAAUAGAUUUGAAUUAGGUAUCAUUUCCGUUACUGAAAGAAAACAGCAGUGGUAUUAUAUUUUCCUAUCUUAAAUUUUUUUUUGAUUUUCACCAAACGAGAUAAAUUGUAAAAAUUCUUUUCAUUUCUAUAAAAAUCAGAAAAAAUAUGAAAUAAAUUUCUAAAUGGACCAUGCGAAUUGCCAUGACUGAAACAUACACACUUAUAUGCCCAGAGAGCCAUAGCCACAGAAUACAAUGGAAGGCGUGUGCACACACAUACACCCCACUAGUAGAAUAUGGAACAUUAUUCUUUACCAAAAGUAGCUAUUCUCUGCCAGUGUACUGUUUACAGUGUAAAUUGUCCUCCAUCAAAAAAGUGUAAACAGCAUUCUUUUUUUCUUGCUUCCAUUUUUGAGUGUCCUAGAUAGAACGAUUAUAAAAAUUAGGAAGAAAAAGGAAAGUUUGUGAGUGCAAGGGCAAAGAUAGCAUGAGCACAGUAGUGUAUGUGUGUGUGUGUGUGUGUGUGUGUGUGUGUGUGAGAGAGAGAGAGAGAGAGAGAGAGAGAGAUUCCAACUUGUUUUCUUUUACCAGAGAAUCCAAGAAGCAGUUUAAGGAACCUGAUAUUGGAGUUUAAUCUAGAAACUGGAUGACCUCAUAUUGAUUCAAGAUACUUAAUCUUGCAUUGAAACCCCACAAUUAAAAUAACAAAUAGAGAAAGAAAACUAACUUUCCUAAAUAUGGCAAAAGAAGCUAACACCUCAUUUAUUUUUAUUUCUUUGUAAAAGUAUAAAUAUCUCAAUUAAAGGGACAGGCUCACUUGUAAUUAUGUACUCAUGAUUGUAACAGCACUGAGAUUCCAUAUAGGCCCAUGUACAGCAGCUGUUUGACGGUGAUGGUUCUUCCAUGUAACAUAGCAGUUAUCGUGUAAUUUAGUGCCACUUAUUGCAAAGUGUUACGAAGGGGAACAUUUAAAAUACUUUUUCUUUGGAUAUAAGGAUAAUUGAAUGAAUGAUAAAUAUGAAAUUUCAUGUUACAUUUUUUAAUUGUGGAGAAAAUGCAAAACCUCAUAUCUUACUGCAAAUUCCCCAUCACAUUGCUAAUUACUUAGAGCCCUCUAAAAAUGCCCACUAUAAUCCCCCUUUGCAAAUGGUAAUCUGUGAAGAAUAUACAAUACAAAACAAAAAAAAAAUUAAAAAAAACAACUGGCAACCACAGCAGAAAUAAAUGAAAAACAUAAUGAGAAUUACUGAGUAAUGCUUUUUAUUAAGUGGCACAAAGUACACACUAAAAACUAUGCAAAAUAUAGGUAACUACAGUGUACGUACAUGUAAGUAUCCUGUACUUGCUGUGUAUGGAUGUUGGAAACCCAUGUAAUUAUAAUAUGCAUUUUGAAUAUUGGGAAAGAGGAAAUCUUAGUGUAGAUAGUAGUACUUGUUUUGAAAUAUACACUGGCAAUAUUGAAAUACACUCAGUGCAAUAUCUGCUAUUCUAUUGCUGGAUACUUAAUGCAAAGGGAUUUUUAAAAAUUCUUCAACAAGAUCUAAAAUGUUGCUAAUCUCCACCUCCUGCAUAUUAAAGCAUUAAUUAAAAAUACAAGUGACAUAACACGUUAAGUUUUUCUUAAUCAUUAACAUGACACAAUAAAAGUAUCUGACCUUGUUUUUAGAGUUACUGGAGAGAAAGAGAUAACCUGAGUUUUCAACUUUGAUGCAUAUCUAAUUGAAUUUGGGAUUCUUAAACUUUCUUUGAAAUGUGUGUAUGUUUUAAUGGAUUGUGGUACUUUUAUUACAAGUACAAAUUUAUUCAAUCAAAGAACAUAGGUUACCUUUAAUAGUUAGAGUCACUAUAUCUUAAUGGAAAUUUUUUAUAUAUUUUCUUUUUCUACUCAUUCUUCCCUUUCUCUCUCUAUUUCACCCCAAACAUGCCCUUUGCACUUAUACCCUUCCAAAGGCAAUGGAUUGAAAGUAGCAAGAUUAUAAAGAGAGCUAAAGGGGACAACAUGUAAAAAUGGGUUCUAAACUCAUCAGCAUUUUUAUGUAUUCAGAUAUUAAUAUUGAAUGCAAUAGUUAUUGGAUAGAGCUGGUAAAUUUUCUGCCAUGCAUACUUACAAUAAUCCUUCUACCUCUCACUUUUAACAUGGGCUAUGAUACUUCGAAAUAAAUAGAAUAAAUAAUUAUUUACAAGGUAUCCCAGGAAGCACUCUUUUGCAACUAUCAUAACAGUCCUCUCCCCACCCCCUGGGAAAUCUCAAAAGCCAACUUUACUUUCAGUGUACUCAACGGUGUAUGGAUCUGCAUUUGUUUUUCCUCUUCUGUCAUUAACUUUUCCUAUAAGCAAAAUACAGUAACUUUAUAAGGAUAGUUCCUCACGUGACUAUUUACUAUUUCAAUGUGAUAUAAUUGUGUUGAUCUUAAAAAUAAUUUAAAUGGCAACACUUUGCAGUCCAAGCUGACAUUUCAUUUAAUAUUUAAAAUAAACAAUUUCUUAUAAAUUAAUGCUAUGCUUUUAAGUAAAUAUAUGUGAUUUAUUUUUCCAAGAAGUGUUAUCUAUGUAAGACAAAUAUUUAAGCAUUGAAAAAUGCCUCCUCAUUAACAAAUAAUCCCUGAAUAAUGAAUGCAAAGUAUUGCCACAAACACUCACUUUAUUUUGGCUACAUAGACAUAAUAUGAAUUCUUCAAAUGAUGUAAUUUAAUUAUUCUAAAAGGAAAUGACAUUUUGAAAGCAGAUUUUCCUUUAGGAAAAAAGGAUACAAAAAUUAUCUCAAAUUAUGAUGCUGAAUCUAUAAAAUAUGCUUAAAGUAAAAUAUAUCUAUGUUAUGUGGUUAUGUUACAAAUAAUAUUUGGUGUAAUCUUUACCAUCUUUUCCAUAUAUAUAUAUAUAUAAAUGUAUGGUUAUUUUGGAGAGAAUGGGCCCAAAUGUGAAAAAGAUGUAAAGAAAAAACACUAUUUUCCCCUAUGAAAUGUACUGUAUAUUUCAAAAGAAGAAACUUAAAAGAUAUUUGUAGAUUUCAGGGGCAAAAGAGAAACCUACCAGGGCUCAGCACUUAAGCACUUUUCCCACAUCCAGGGUCAGAAGAGCGGUGAUUCCUACACGGACUUUUAAUUGCAGUAUGAAAUGCCACAUUACACUUCUCUUACACACAGUACUGUCAAACCUCAAAUGUUUUCUUUCUUCAGAUGAUUUUCCUUUUACAUGAUACUAGUAGACACUUUUCUCUUUAUACUUGCUGAUAGUGAAAGUUAUAUGCAAUAAAAUAUGUGAUGGUUGAAAGCAGUGGUCACCAGUUGGUUAAAAAAAAAA